CUAUUAAAGACCUAUAACUUAUGGAUAUUGAAAGAAUCACCUGGUGAAUUCAAUCAUGCCGGGAAAAGAGAAGCCGCGCGAUGGACGAGGCCGAGGAGGCCAGCCUUCACGGGAAGUCACAGUAUCUAAAGCAAUCAGUUGGUUGCUCAGACAUGGUGCUGAGAAAGAGGGCCUCAAGCUUGAUGCGCAUGGUUACCUAAAUGUCGCAGAUCUGUUGGCAUGGCGAAAAUUGAAGAGUCUGGGCGUAACACUCGAUGAGCUGAAACAUAUCGUUGCUGAUAACGACAAACAACGAUUUUCAAUGAUUUCUGUCCCGACAGCCCCGGUCCGAGACACCCAAGGAGUUGAAACUCACAAUUCGGCAGGAGAGAACCCCGCUCUGACGGGUGAUCCUAAUUUCCCUUCUUCUUUCAUGAUUCGAGCCAAUCAAGGCCACAGCAUCCGGGUGGACUCGUCCAAACUUCUUGCUCCAAUCACGGAAGAGGAUAUACCUCCAGUUGCCGUCCAUGGAACUACGCAUGCCGCUUGGCCGGUCAUUCUAUCUUCCGGUGGUCUUCAACGAAUGAAUAGGACGCAUAUCCACUUUGCGCGUGGAUUGCCUGGCGGAUCAGACCGUGUCAUCUCCGGCAUGCGCAGAGACUCGCAAGUUUUGAUAUACGUUAACGUCAAGGCUGCCCUGCAGUCUGGCAUCAAAUGGUGGCAAAGCGAGAAUGAGGUCAUCCUCACCGAAGGUGACGAGAAGGGGUGUCUGCCGCUGAAGUUUUUCGAGAAGGUCGAGGAGAGACAGAAGGGCCUGGGGAUUCUCUGGGAAAGAGGCAAUGAAGUGCAAAGCUUACCAACUAGUCUUAUUUCGGCUGGAGCAAAAGAGAAGAAGAAGAACAAAGGUAAAAUUCAAAGCUCGACGAAGGACCAGAGCGCAAAAGAUGCCCGUGACGACACUCAGAUCACAGAUGUCCGGGACGUAUGAACUGAGAAUUACCCGGUCAUCUUUGAUCUAAUUUGCUCCGGUCGCAAGACAUUUGCAUCUACAAAUCAAUCUAAACCAAGUUGCAACAGUAAGUGCGCGGUUGGGAGGGUGGAAGAGCGGUUUUAUAUGGAGUAUGGCAUUGUAUGAGCCAAAAAAGUCUUCUAUCUCUAGGAAAAGAACGGCAGCAAAGGAACCGU